AUGGAUCCUACUCGAGGACCCAAACACUACUACGGGGCAUUGGCUACACCAUCGGCGAGUGACGCUCGGUCAAGGCGGGAUCAGAAUUCCUCGGAGGAAUCGAACGCUGCCCGUGCAAUUUACAAGACAACCUUUCGCGCCGCUUCUCCGACCCUCCGUCCACUCCCCCUCGUGGCCGUACCUGCGCAAUGCCCCGAGUCGAUUCGUACCCACGAGAGUGCCAUCGUGAAGCGAGCUCGCGAGAUCCUCGAAAAAUACAAUCUCGACGAAUCCGAUGAAGCCGACGUGGACAUUUUGUACCGACACACCCAUGGUGACCCGACUUCUGCACGCUGGACGUUAUUUAUCACGUUCCAAAGCUCCGCUCUCCCGCAAGCCGUACUUGAUGUGGAAAUGAUUGCCCCAGAGAGGAUCAUGGACAAAAAUCUUGGCCUUGUUGGCAACAACCCCGCCUUGCUCUCUGCCUGGUCUUCUCUCAAGUCCUUCGUCCGAAGCCGUCUGGAGGCUUUUGAUGCUACAUCAUCGCACUUCAAGGCGAUUGCCUUGUUCCGACUGGGUUUCUCAGAGGUCAACGAUGACAACCCAAUCACAGUCUACAUCACAGUCGACCUUGCCUCUGACGAGACCGAGUGGCCCGGUAUUGUCGAUGAUAUCCUCAGCGGCCUUGAGAACCGU